CCUCAGUUUCAGUGUUACCGGAAAAAAUAUUUCUACGUUGCGUUUUUACACCAUUUUCGUGUAUCUAAUAAAGUUGUCUGUGCUUGCUGUGGAAAUUGAUAAAUUUUUAAAGUUUCAUCAUGCCUAGAGGUAAAUACACCAACCACAAGGGAAGGAACCGGAGGUUUACAAACCCCGAAGAGUUGGAGGAGCAACGAAGAAGAGAAGAAAAAGAAAGAAAGUGGAGGGCAGAACGAGGCGAGGAAUCAUCCAGCGAAGAAGAAGAAGAUGCGGCUACAAACGUGAAGAAGGGUUCAGACAGUGAAACAACCUCUGAAAGUGAAAGCGAAAGCGAGGAAGAGGGAAAGGGGAAGGGCGUAGAAAAACUGAUAGAGGUGGAGAAUCCCAACAGAGUACAGAAGAAAGCGAAGAAAUUGUCCAAACUAAAUGAAGUUGUAAACGAAAACACAAAACCAGAACUCUCGAGGAAAGAAAGAGAGGAGCUUGAGAAACAGAGAGCGACGGCUCACUACCAGAAGCUGCAUGCGGAAGGCAAGACCGAGCAGGCACGAGCGGACCUGGCACGGCUGGCAAUCGUCAAACAGCAACGAGCAGAGGCAGCCAAGAGACGGGAGGAGGAAAAGAAAGCAAAAGACGAUCUUGUGAAGCAGAAGACAGCGCAAACGCAGCGAGCUCUUGGCAAAAAGGCAACCUGAUAAACUGAAUGAUGCCACAACACCUUGCGCAGCUGACAGGUCUUUAGAUAUUUUUUCUCAACAUGUACAAUACUUUCAAAUGUGAUCUAUUGAUUAUGCCUGUAUCUAUUCUCUACACCCCAAUCCACAUUUUGUAAAAUACUAUAAUUAUAUUUUGUUUGAAACAAUUAACGGUUUGUGUUUUAGGAGUUUUAAUUUAUGAGUUUGCCAUCUUAGUUGAGUUUAGUUUAUUUUCAAGCACACAUUUAAUAUCUUGAGUUUUUUUACUGUAAAAUAUUUUAAGGUGUAAUUCCUGCAGAGACCGUUGUGACGAAAUGUGAGUGUGAUUUUUUUAACAAACAUUAGUUGUAUUGCAAAUUUAUACUUUGUUUGUUUUAAUAAAAUUUUUAAGUGGUA